AUGUCCGAACUACCAAUUGACACGUCCAAGGCUCCCUCCUUUGUUCACCAAUGGGGGUUAUCACCAGCACCUGCAUGGGCUUUUGCUACCGUCCUAGCUGCAUCGCCAGCCUUCCGACCUGUUCUAGAGGCUCCUCAAACAGUCCAAUCCUCAUCGGGCUUGUACAAGUCGGCUCCUAAAGUCGUCAGCCCUUAUCCGUCGACCCCGCAGGUUGCACUCUUCACAGCCUUCUCAGCCCUAGGCGGGUUCAUGAUCUACGACAAUGACCCAACCAACGGCUCCGCCGUUGUUGGAGUCUGGUCGUUGCUCUACUUUAUGGCAAACGUCAAGAAAUCAAUGUGGAACCUCAAACUUUACCCAAAGGCGUUGACAUCUUUGGCCUUGGUCAAUUCGGUUUUCUACGGUGGGAAAUUCUUAAACGUUAUAUAG